AAACUGGCGCUUACUCCAAAUCUUGCCUGCCACUUCACCACAGCUUUCCUCAGCAACGGCCUUGCUCCAUCGCCUCUCAGUCCCCCGCUCGCCCACCCAAAUCCUUCCUCCGGGGAAAGAGCCUGGAAGACAUUUGAGGGAAUUCAAGGCUGCUGCAUCUCUCAGAAAGGCGUAGAUCCAUGAGUGGCAGGUACGGUCAGAAAGAGAGCUGGAUUCAAAUCCUUGCCCAAAUUAAGCGAAUUAACAUGGCGAACUAGGCAAGCGAGAAGACGCUGCAACCAAACGGAGCCAACCCUUAAGACCAAAUGGGACCACGAGGGAAACCGCCUGAUGACAUGAAUGACUCUGGCCACUGAAUUGUGUCACGGCAAGGACCAGACGCCACAUUCCAGCAGGAAAAAGCGGGCGCGAAAGUCACAAGGACGCUCUUACACUUCUGCGCCCCGUGCUCAGGAGAGAGACAGGGAUAGGAGUGUUUUUACCGGAAGGAAGUGGAUGUACCCGUCUAGCCCACUGAAGCUCUGUGGCUGCGGACGGUCUAAGCAGGAAGGCGUGGAGCGUGUCGUUGGUUGAUCUUCCCAGACAGCCCGGUUUCCGGUCUCCUCCCAAGCGAGGCAGUUUUCUAGCUCCUUGUGGCCGUUGAUGCUCCAUCCUCUUCCUCCUCCUCCGUUGUCGUCUUUUCUUCGAUACCAAGUCUUUUCGAGGACUCCCCCCUUCGUUGUAGGUGCAAUAGGAAACUGAAGUCAUGACAGACUCCAAAUACUUCACCACCAAUAAAAAAGGGGAAAUUUUUGAACUGAAAGCUGAGCUCAACAAUGAAAAAAAGGAGAAGAGAAAGGAAGCAGUAAAAAAAGUCAUUGCCGCCAUGACUGUGGGGAAGGAUGUCAGUUCCCUCUUCCCUGAUGUGGUGAACUGCAUGCAGACAGAUAACUUGGAGUUAAAGAAGCUGGUGUAUCUCUACUUGAUGAACUAUGCCAAAAGUCAGCCAGAUAUGGCCAUCAUGGCUGUGAACAGUUUUGUGAAGGACUGUGAGGAUCCCAACCCUCUCAUCCGUGCUCUGGCGGUGCGCACUAUGGGAUGUAUCCGGGUGGACAAGAUCACUGAAUACCUGUGCGAACCUCUCCGGAAGUGUCUGAAGGAUGAAGACCCGUAUGUGCGCAAGACCGCUGCUGUCUGUGUGGCCAAACUACAUGACAUCAACGCCCAAAUGGUGGAGGAUCAGGGCUUUCUGGAUUCGCUGCGUGAUCUCAUUGCAGACUCCAAUCCCAUGGUUGUGGCCAAUGCUGUUGCUGCCUUGUCUGAAAUCAGCGAAUCUCAUCCCAACAGCAAUCUGCUAGAUCUGAACCCUCAGAACAUCAACAAGCUACUCACUGCUCUAAAUGAGUGCACGGAGUGGGGGCAGAUAUUCAUCCUAGACUGCCUUUCCAACUACAACCCAAAGGAUGACCGUGAAGCCCAAAGCAUAUGCGAACGGGUGACGCCCCGCCUCUCUCAUGCCAACUCCGCUGUUGUGCUUUCGGCUGUCAAAGUGCUGAUGAAGUUCCUGGAGCUCCUCCCCAAGGACUCUGACUACUACAAUAUGUUGCUGAAGAAACUGGCCCCUCCACUGGUCACCCUGCUAUCUGGCGAACCUGAAGUCCAAUACGUUGCUUUGAGGAACAUCAACCUGAUUGUGCAGAAAAGGCCUGAAAUUCUGAAGCAGGAGAUCAAGGUGUUUUUUGUGAAAUACAAUGACCCCAUCUACGUGAAGCUGGAGAAACUCGAUAUCAUGAUUCGCUUAGCAUCGCAGGCCAACAUUGCUCAGGUUUUAGCAGAACUCAAGGAGUAUGCCACAGAAGUGGACGUGGACUUUGUCCGCAAAGCUGUCCGUGCCAUUGGGCGAUGCGCCAUCAAAGUUGAACAAUCUGCUGAGCGCUGUGUGAGCACGCUUCUGGAUCUCAUCCAGACCAAGGUCAACUAUGUAGUGCAGGAAGCCAUUGUGGUCAUCCGUGACAUCUUCCGCAAGUAUCCCAACAAGUAUGAGAGUAUCAUUGCCACACUUUGUGAAAAUCUUGAUUCUCUGGAUGAGCCAGAUGCCCGAGCGGCUAUGAUCUGGAUUGUGGGUGAAUAUGCAGAGAGAAUUGACAACGCGGAUGAGCUCUUGGAGAGCUUUCUAGAGGGCUUCCAUGAUGAAAGCACCCAGGUGCAGCUCACUUUGUUGACUGCCAUUGUGAAGCUGUUUUUGAAGAAGCCGUCUGAGACACAGGAACUGGUCCAGCAAGUGCUGAGUCUUGCCACACAGGAUUCUGACAACCCAGAUCUGCGUGAUCGUGGCUACAUUUACUGGCGACUCCUCUCCACAGACCCUGUCACUGCCAAGGAGGUGGUUUUGUCAGAGAAGCCCCUGAUCUCUGAAGAGACCGACUUGAUCGAGCCCACUCUGCUGGAUGAGCUCAUUUGCCACAUUGGUUCGUUGGCCUCAGUGUACCACAAGCCGCCCAAUGCCUUUGUGGAGGGCAGCCAUGGAAUCCACCGGAAACACCUGCCCAUCCAUCACGGAAGCCUGGAGCAACCUCAGGUGAUUCCAUCCCAAGGAGAUCUCCUGGGUGACCUCUUGAACCUUGAUCUGGGGCCUCCAGUAAAUGUGCCUCAAGUGUCUUCCAUGCAGAUGGGUGCUGUGGAUCUUCUAGGAGGUGGACUUGAUAGCCUGCUUGGCAGUGACCUUGGCGGGGGAAUUGGAGGCAGCCCAGCAGUGGGACAGACUUUCAUCCCAUCAUCAGUCCCAGCAACAUUUGCUCCCUCACCUACCCCGGCUGCAGUCAGCAGUGGACUCAAUGACCUCUUUGAACUCUCUUCUGGCAUCGGCAUGGCACCUGGUGGAUAUGUGGCUCCCAAAUCGGUCUGGUUGCCGGCUGUGAAAGCCAAAGGCCUGGAAAUUUCUGGGACCUUCAGCCACCGGCAAGGACACAUCUACAUGGAUAUGAGUUUCACCAACAAGGCUCUUCAACACAUGAGCGAUUUCGCCAUUCAGUUCAACAAGAACAGCUUUGGAGUCAUCCCCAGCACCCCUCUGGCCAUUCAUACUCCUCUGAUGCCAAACCAGAGCAUUGAUGUUUCCCUUCCGCUCAACACUUUGGGACCAGUCAUGAAAAUGGAACCUCUCAACAAUCUUCAGGUGGCUGUAAAGAACAACAUUGAUGUUUUUUACUUCAGCUGUCUUAUCCCCCUCAACGUGCUUUUCGUAGAAGAUGGCAAAAUGGAACGCCAAGUUUUCCUCGCUACAUGGAAGGACAUUCCAAAUGAAAAUGAGCUCCAGUUCCAAAUUAAAGAGUGUCACCUGAAUGCUGAUACUGUUUCCAGUAAGCUCCAGAACAACAACAUUUAUACCAUUGCCAAGCGAAAUGUGGAAGGCCAGGACAUGCUGUACCAGUCUCUGAAGCUUACCAAUGGCAUCUGGAUACUGGCCGAACUACGCAUUCAGCCCGGCAACCCCAACUAUACACUGUCUCUGAAGUGCCGAGCUCCUGAAGUGUCCCAGUACGUCUACCAGGUCUACGAUGCCAUUUUGAAAAACUGAUCUGUCAGACCGCUACUGCCAGCACCUCACCACAUGGGGAAUGGGAACGGGGCUAACUCCGCACCUCCUGCCACCGCCUGCGUGUUGGUGUAGGCCAAGAACAUUCCUUCCCUCGGUAUGGGAAAAGCAGCUCUGUGUUGUGUCUGAGAUCUCAGCUCCAGAUGCUGAGGCUAAACCAAGGUAGCAAGUAGUGUCCACGUGCCGGUAACAGUAGGGGAUGUUGCAUUUGAUACUUUUAGCAUCUGUGAGAAUUUUGUAACCACUCCGCAUCAGCUGUUUUUGCAGUCCUGUGCCAUGUCUGUCUUGUUUGUUCCUGUGGCUUCUUCAUCUCGUGCCAAUGCUUUGCAUUUUCUAAACCACUGUAGGCCUCUGGUUGAUAUUUUGUAAUAUGCUUCCUCAUUUUAAUAAAUGCACAUGCACACACGGUCUCUGCCCAGCCAGAGGCAUCUGAGAGAAAACACACACACUGCACUUUAUUAUUCUUUUGUAUUUGUGUACUGCUGAUUAAUUUUUGUAAUGAACCAGCUGUCUACAACAAGCAGGAAUAAAGGAGGGGCAUCGAAACAAGACUAGUUGUACAACUGUUAUAAGGAAAACCAUGCUAUGCUGGCUUAUUGAUUAACCAUGGAAAAUUCCAUUACCUGGUACGAAUUGUAGCUUGUUAUUAUUUAAGGCCCCUCCUUGCCUGCCCUCCCCACAGACUGAAAAUCCCACCAGUUACCAAACCUCAAUCCUGCGGACAACUGAGGGUUUGCAGCUGAAGAGACAAUCUGUUGGCGUUUGAGGUCUCAGGGUUGAAAAUCGAGGGGCAAUCCCUCUGCUGCCUCUGCAUGCAUCUGUGUGCAUCACAGCUCUAUACUGUUUUCUCUUUUCAUGUGCUGCCGAUUGAACAGCAGGUUUUGAUUGCUUCGUCCAUGUGUAGUGUCAUUAAAAAAAACAUGGCAGCCAAGACAGUAGCUUUCACAAAUAAAGAGGAAGGGCAGCAAGGCAGGGAAAAGAAAAAAGGCAGCAAAAACUGCUGUCUGGUUAAACUGGCUGUGGGCAGUUUAAUCCACUUGCCAUUUCCUCUUGACCUUGGUCUCAGUCUCACUGUGCAAACUCCUGCUGGGCCCUUCUUUGCGAUCUCGGUACUGGAAUCUCCCUGGAAACCUAAAACAGCUAUUUCUGCUGCCACCAGAUAAAUGUGCCAGGUUCAAGCCAUAUCCCAGUGUGGCUGAAACGAGCUAUCAGCUCCAGCCAUCCUCACUCCACUAAAAUAUAACCUUUAGCAAGGAUCUGUGCCCUGUUAUUUCUUCAAGGUUGAGAAACAUUUUCUUGGGUGAGCCUGGAACAGAGCUCUUACCUGGUCUCACCCUUGGCAUCUUAACACAGUCUCUGUUAAGGCAAGAUAGGAUAGUCUUUUCCCUCCAUGUCAGCUGCUUCCUGGCUUGUCUGCCUUUUUCUUCUAUGCCCCCAUCUACAUUGCCCCCUUUCUUAUUGCUGCUUUAUCUCCCACCCUAUUUGAGAGAACAGAGGACUGUGAUGUCUAGGAGAUCCUCUGAGCAAAUGCAGCAUUGCAAUAAUGCAGACUAUUCCCAGUGGACUUCAGUUUUCUCCACCCACCCCUGCGCAAAGAGCACAUAUAAACUUUCCCUCUUCAAGAAGCCAGUCUUUGAGAAAGGAGGAGGAGGAGGAGGAGAGAUUUAGAGCAAAUCUGGCAGGUCCAGUGGGCUGCUGUAUUGCCUCUGAAUCUUGGAUAUAGAACCAGGCCAAGCUAUAUUCAGUAGGUUUGGUGUGGAAGUCUUUUCUUAAUUGGAACUGAACUGAAAGAAUUAGUCAUCUGUGAACGUAACAGGCAGGUCACUAGAACUUACUCUUUAAGUCCUGACCAAGCUAUUCCUGUCAAAACCAGAAAUGCAUUUUCAGUGGGCAAGUCCUCAUGAUCCUAAUUCCAUCAUGUUUCCUUCAUAAUCAUAUGAGACCUUGGCUCCUUUCAGCCAGGUGUCUCAAGCUACAUUUCCAAAGUGUAAUUCUUUCGUGACCAUCUUGUGGUCACUGGCUAAUCAAGAACUGACACUGGGUCAUAUGUAUCUUAAUUGGCUCUUUACCUGCAUCUUGAAUCUCCUUUGGAAAGUCUAAAGGCUGAGAGAGAGAUGGUCUGCAUAGUUGAGCUAAAUUCAGCAGCCUGAGCUGACAGACCAGUAGAACCUCAAUAACCACUUUGUCAUCUGUCUCUUAAAACUGGAGUGGAGUUCUUGACUUUGGGUUAGCCUGAUUCAUGUAAUAAAAUAGCCAUGGGCACCGUGUGUGGUCCUUGUACAACUGCUACAUACAGUGCUUGGGUUUACCAGAAGACAUAACGGCAUCAUGCAACUCAGGGAUUGAGAGUUGCAGUGCUAGCUCAAGAUUGUGGGUUUCAUAGCAAAGAGGCCAGUGACACCUCUGAAGCUUGCAGAGUCCCAAGUCCUGAAGACCCAUGCCUGGCCCUCAAGGAAGUUGUCCCAGUCAGAGAUUCUCUUUGACUGUUCUGUGCAGGGCUGCUUUUACUCUGAUUUACCAAUAUUUCUGGAUGUGCUAACUGAAGUAACAGCAGAACCCUGUUUCUCCUAGUUUAAAGGGCCCCCUGCAAGCACUCUAGACCAAUUCAUAUUGGUGGCGUGGGGUGGAGGGAGGCACAUACAGUAGUUAGCUUUUUAUCAAUAUUUAGAUAGUAAGAAGGGUGACCUAAAAACUUAGAACCAUAGCAUUUUCAAGAUGUGACUCAAGUGGUUAGACCAGUGUUUCUCAACCUUGGCAACUUUAAGAUGUCUGGACUUCAACUCCAGACUUCAAGUCCAGACAUCUUAAAGUUGCCAAGGUUGAGAAACACUGGGUUAGACAAUGUGGAAUCUGUUUUGCAAGAAUACCUGCUUUGGAGCACUUCCCACAUGCCCAA